AUCGCGAUUUUCCUUCCGACCUCUCUUCUACAUCUCAAAGCAGUAAAACCGGCCCUUCGAGGAGAACUGCCAAUAUGAUGGACAAGAGAUACGUCACUCUAGUCUCUAGUGACGGCUACGAGUUUGUAGUGCUUCGAGAGGCAACAUUCAUCAGUCCUGCCAUCAAGGGCAUGCUAGAUCCCAAGAGUCAAUUCUCCGAGGCCAAAACCGGCCGAUGCGUCUUCCAAGAGAUCACCGGCGCGGUGCUCGAGAAGGUAGUCGAGUACUUCCAGUACUGGUACAAAUACCGCGAUCAGGAGAACGCUCCAGACAUGGACAUACCUGUCGAGCUUUGUCUUGAGCUGUUGAUGGCUGCGGACUACCUGGGUCUUGACAAACAAACGUAGACUCCCCACUGGACCGGAGUUGACUGUACCGAAGGAGUUGAUGGACUAGACACGAGAUAUGACCGGCGUUUACUGGCUUUAAGAUACCACGGUGUGAUGAACAAGAUUGAUUUUAUGGUCAAGGUAGAGUUUUUCUUCUUACUGGGGCGUCGCGAAUGGAAUGAGCAGGAUAUGCACCUCUCCUACCUAAGUUCUGAUUAAUAGUAAGUUUAACGAAACAGUAGAUGCAUGUGUGAGCCAAUACGUCCCAUCUAAGCAUAUGCGUUCAACUCUUAACUCUUCCGUGGGUUGAAUGUCUAUAUCGGAUGGAAGAUUGAUAUACUUAAUCCCCCGUCACUCUGCGCGGCUUGCGUUUCUCUAUCGAGACCAUGCUUUUUAGGAGGGGAAACAUCUCUACUAGGUUGACUACCAAUAUAAUUUGCUUUGUAGGAAGAUAUAUUCCAUG